AUGCCCAAAGAAUUGUUGGCGGUUCUUUUUCUUGCCUUUCAUCUGCAUUUGUUUUGCAUCUCUCUCUGUGUCUUAUAUUCUUCCUUAUUACGGCUUUCUUUUUGCCAUUCUCGUUGCAACAAUCGAUUACGUCUUUUGUUUAUUUAUUUAUUUUGUUCUUUCAUUCGUUUUCUCGUUCUUUCUUUCUUUCUUUCUUUUUAUUUUUCUUUAGCAUUUUCAUCCAUAGCGGCUUCUCUAUCCACGGAGAACUAUCUCUCAGGCGAGGCCACAUUUCGUGCUUUCAAGCGAAAUUUCCCUGAGCGACAUAUCUCUGUGGUCAAGUCGGUAGGACGUAACAGGACAAACGAGGCUCCUCCUUCCCAGAAAAUCUAUUUAGAUAAUUCUUUAUCUUCAUCUCACUCUUAUCUAUCUAUGAUAAUAUAUCUCACUAUGUUCAUCUAUCUAUCUAUCUAUCUAUCUAUCUAUCUAUCUAUCUAUCUAUCUAUCUAUGUUCUCUCUCUCUAUAUAUAUAUACAUUAA